AUGUUGUCAGAGGGCCAUGGCAGCUCGGGAGCUUCGAACGGCUCCCAAGAACACCCAGAAUCUCACGCUCAUCCUCCCUCAUCUCAUAACACAUUUACCUCGAAUCUCCUUACUCAAAUCAGAAUAUUUUCUACUAAUAUACCGAAAUCCUAUAUUACUCCGUUUUGCGGAGCAAGUGCUGGUGUAGCGUCGGGGAUUGUGACGUGCCCUCUCGAUGUCAUCAAGACAAAGCUACAAGCCCAAGGUGGCUUUUUGCGGCGAUCGGGGAGUACGAUUGAGGCAAGGACUUUAUACCGCGGCAUGUUAGGCACAGGAAGCAUGAUAUGGCGGGAGAAUGGUCUCCGAGGGCUCUACCAGGGACUGGGUCCCAUGCUUCUGGGAUAUUUGCCUACGUGGGCGGUUUACUUGGCAGUAUACGACCGGUCACGAGAUUACUUUGAAGAAACCACUGGUAGUUGGUGGCUAUCGAGAGGUUAUGCUUCCGUCACGGCAGGCGCGUGCUCGACCAUAGUGACAAAUCCAAUAUGGGUCAUCAAGACACGGCUCAUGUCUCAAAGUCCAAGGUCCAAUAGUGAAGGCUUUAGGGCACCAUGGCAAUAUAAAAAUACGUUUGAUGCGGCUCGCAAGAUGUACUUAAACGAAGGCAUUCUCUCGUUCUAUUCGGGGCUUACGCCAGCGCUUUUGGGAUUGUUCCAUGUGGCCAUUCAAUUUCCACUCUACGAAUAUCUGAAGAUGGCCAUUACGGGCUAUGGGAUUGGAGAACAUCCCGAACAUGGCGACUCCCACUGGCUUGGGAUUUCUCUCGCUACAUUCCUCAGCAAAAUUUGUGCCAGCACCAUGACCUAUCCACAUGAAGUGUUGCGGACAAGGCUUCAGACGCAACAACGAACAAUGUCGCCACGGUCCUCGGCCGAAGAGCUAACAUUUCGUGAAGGGACAGAGAAGUUAAAUGGUCGUGGUCGUCUUGCAGGUGCUGCCUCGUCGGAUGGCAUGCCCAAUCGGCCGCGGUACACCGGCAUCGUUCGUACCUGUCAGACAAUCUUGCGGGAAGAAGGCUGGCGUGCAUUUUACUCGGGAAUCGGCACGAAUCUCUUCCGUGCUGUCCCGGCCGCUAUGACUACGAUGCUUACAUAUGAAUACCUCCGGAAAUUGAUUGGCACUAUGCAGCAUGACGGAGAGAUGGAGCGUCGGCAGGUUGAAGAGAAAGAUCUCUCCGGGAUUUAG